UUGGCCUCAACCUUAUUCGGGCCAUUUCCUUCCCUGACAGAGGAACCCGAACCUGGGCUCCUGCCCUGGCCGGUGCAGACAUGGUGCCCCUGCUGCUGCUGCCCCUGCUGUGGGGGGGGUCCCUGCAGGAGGAUCCAUGGUUCGAGCUCCGAGUGCCAGAAUCGGUGACGGUGCAGGAGGGUCUGUGUGUCCACGUGCCCUGCUCCUUCUCCUACCCCGGGAGCUCGUGGUCUUCCCCUAAGAAGCUCUACAUAUACUGGUUCCGGGGAGGGGACAACGAUUAUCUUGUGGCUACAAAUGACCAAACGAAAACGGGGAAGAUGGGGACCCAGGGCCGAUUCCACCUCGUCGGGAACCCCAGGCACAACAACUGCUCCCUGAGAAUCACAGAGGCCAGGAAGAGUGACGAGGGAGUCUACAGUUUCCGAGUGCAGGCAGACCACAUGGCAUACAGUUACAGAGCUAAGAAGCUGACCGUGAAGGUGCCAGCCCUGACACAGAAACCCGACAUCCACUUUCCGGAGCCCCUGAAGUCUGGCUAUCCCACAAACCUGACCUGCAGUAUGCUGGGAUCCUGCGAGGAGGGAAGACCUCUCACCUUCUCCUGGGUGGGGCGUGCUCUUGACUCGCUGGACCCCCAGACCCUCCACUCCUCAGUGCUGACCCUCACCCCGAGGCUGCAGGACCAUGGCAGCAACCUCACCUGUCAGGUGCACCUGCCAGGAGGUCAGGACACCGUGGAAAGAACCAUCAGGCUCAAUGUCUCCUACGCUCCACAGUUGAUGACCACCCGCAUUUUGCAGGGAAACUACACAGUCCUGAAGACGCUGCGCAACCACACGUCGCUGCCUGUCUUGGAGGGCCAGUUCCUGCGCCUGGUCUGCGUCGCUGAGAGCAACCCCCCCGCCAUGCUGAGCUGGUCCCGGGAGGGAAAAGCCCUGAGCUCCCCCCAGCCCUCAGCACCUGGGGUCCUGGAGCUGCCCCAUGUAGGGGUUGAGGAUGAAGGGGAGUUCACCUGCCAGGCUCAGCACCCACUGGGCUCCCAGCACGUUUCCUUCAGCCUCUCUGUGCAGAGAACCCCCUCUUCCUGCAACUGUGUGACUGAGAAGCAGGAGGGCUCCUGGCCGCUGGUCCUCACCCUGAUCAGAGGGACCCUCAUGGGGGCUGGCUUCCUCCUCACCUAUGGCCUCACCUGGAUCUACUACACCAGGUGUGGAGGCCUCCAGGGAGCGGGGCUGAGAGGCCUGACUGAGCCUCCUUCCUUUUCAAGACGGGACUGAGGUGUGGACCUGGAGCCCAGGGGGACAGAUAUGGGCUGUCAUGGUCAGCCUCUUCCUGGAACCUCUCCACUCAAACCUUCUCAGUUGUACCCCUGGGAGUUUAAUUUGGGGAAGUGAAUGAGUGAUGACAUGGAGAGGCCAGCACCAUCAGAAGAAGUUAUUCCUUUCCCAAGGAAAUGUGGCAUGCCACGCUAUGCAGGGCCACAGGGGAGGAAGCACUAUGUCUUGGUUGGGAGGCAGAAGCCGGUGCAGGAGAAAGAAGGCUUGAAAAAGCCUUUCCUGGGUUUUGUGUAGGAAAGGUAAGGAGUAUAGCUCAGGAUCAGCUAGUUUGAGUCAUUCUGGGGGGCUUUGGCCUAUAGGGGUGGGUCUAGUUGUCUUGUACCUGUCGGUUAAGCGUCUGCCUUCGGCUCAGGUCAUGAUCCCAGAGUCCCUGGAUCCAGCCCCUCAUGGGGCUCCCUGCUCCGCGGGAAGCCUGCUUCUCCCUCUGCCUGCCACUCCCCCUGCUUGUGCUCGCUCUCUCUCUCUAAUAAAUAAAUAGGGUGUUCGGGGGACACGGGCUGGGGAUUGGUUGGUUUGAUCUGAAAGGUGGGCUCCUGGCAGAGCACUUUGCCCUCUUUAAGAACUGGCUGGCCCUGGGAGGUGCGGUCUCUCCCCAGAAGGCAAGCUUUUUAAGAUAAAGGAAAUAAAAAACUGACUAAUACACACCUCCACUGAUCCGCUCAGCCUGCCUCUCCUUGCUGGCACUGCCCACCACAACCCUCCCAACCUCCUCCUCUCUAGCCUCAGCCCUGCCCCUGCAAAGGGAGUUCCCCUGGCUUACUUCCCAGGACCCAGCAGUUACCUGCUUAACCCCUGAGUUUCUGGUCUCCCAAAGUUCCUUCUCAGUGUGGACAGCAGUACACAGUAGAGUCAAGAAUACAGCUUUUCUUUCCCAGAUGAAAGACACCUACCUCAUAAUAAUUGCUACAGAACAUCACAUUUAAUUAUAAAUAAAAGUCUUAUUAAAAAUGCAACAUUAAAAUUGAUUUUACUGUUUAAUGUCUCUGUGGAAGUUUCUAGAGCAAAUUUAUGUCUUAAUCGUCUAUCCUUUUUUGUUGAGCAUGUUCCAAAGAAGACUUUUUUUUUUUAAAGAUUUUAUUUAUUUAUUUGACAGAGAGAGACACAGCGAGA